AAGCCUGUUCCUUUUUUUAAAGGGGCUCCAGGUUUGCUUUUUGGGGAGUUUUCUUCCUGUAGUGUGUUAUAUAGGUUUUUGUGCAUGUUAAUGGUCUGCAAAGGAUAAACUCUGUGUUCCCUCCAGAGGGAGUUUUUUCUCUUAUACACUCCCCGAGUGUAUACGACAUAAAAGUUCUUAAAUCGGAAAAAGCACAAUUCAUUUUGCUCACUAACACUAUUUGUACUCUUCAGUGUAUAGACGACAUCACAAGGAAGUUUCGGGUGCUCGUCAUCUUUAUGCCUACACCUUAAAAGACCUCAUAUGGCGGUAUCAGCACUUCCCCUUCAUCCUCAAAUGUAGAAUGCAUCGAGACAUCUGCUCCCUUGCCCGUGACAAUCUUAAAGCAUGACUGGUCUCCAAAUCUGUGGGGUUUGCCGUAGCUACCCAUUGAGGCUGACGUAAAGGUGUCAAAGCGGAUCCUUUUUUGAGAACAUCAGGCUCAAAGUACUUGUCGACUCUUCUGUAGACGGUGAGACAUUUCUCCUCUCCCUCCUCAAGUCUUGGGCCCCUAUAAGUGUUUCGAGAUUGAAUGACCAUAGUCAGGAGGAAGUGAAGCGCAUGAAACCCGAAUGUGGUGUUACUGGAGUCCCUGAGUUUGAACUGCAUCAUUGAGAUCAAGAUAAAAAUCCCUUCCUACAUGUCAACAGAGUUUGGCGCCAUGUCCAUUCGCAGUUCAACAUUUGCCUGAUCUUCAGCAAGGUCCUUAAAAGGAAAUAAAUAAACAAGAUAGAAACAGAUCGUCUUUUUUAUGGUUAUCUUACUUACAAAUACCUUUGUACAGCAUGUGCUGCCAAAAUUACUAUCUUUGCCAUCCUCCUCCGGAUAAAAAAAUCCCCGGCAACUUGUAGAGUCUAGCCGAAACACCCGAGAAUGGAACAAGACAGUCGGGGUAAAGUUAGAAACAGUGUGCAAGCUACACAGACCAUUAGUCCCACAAUGAGGAAGAGAACGUUUUGAACGAUAGACAUCGCCACAAAAGAGAAAGUGAGCUUAGAGUACAAAGUUCGAAUCAUAUCAAAAUUCAAAGCUGAACAGGUUCUGCAGGUUCGAAAGCAGAAAUAGUUUCCUAAUGUUGAGAACUGUUUGAAUUUAAAAGCAGCAGUUUCCUGCUAAUUGCAAACAUGAAAUCACUUUUACUUCAAAUGACAAGUUGGGUUCUGCCUCCAUCUCUCCAUCUUUCUGUAUGAAGUCUAAAUGUUUUGAAUUAGUGACUCUGAUUUUAGGAAUUGUAAGAAAUGUAAUUCUUUUACAUUGACUGUUCGAGACGCGGCUGUGAAAAACAAAUCCCCAACUUGGGAUGAGUAAAGUAUAUAUCCAUUAUCUAUCUACUUGCAGCUUAUCUCGCAGACUGAAAACUCACCUGUUUCACUGCACCAUGGCAAUUAAAUAUUUAAAAUUCAUGAAAUAAUUGCAGUACUUGAAGGGAUUAGCUCAUUUGAAACGAAUGCACCAACACUAAUGGUUUAUUUGUACCUGCAGGUUUCUUGUUCUGAGUUUGUAUCUUCAUGGUUUAUUGGACUUUUUUGAAGUCGAUUUACUGAAACAAUCAGCUAAACGUAAGGUAAUAUUAUUUGUGUUGCAGCGAAAAUUCAUUGUCAUUCAGCAUUACAAUAAGAACUUAAGUCAUUUUAACCAAUUAUACGUUAUCGUGUCAUGAGCAGUGGCGUGUGGGCGUGUCUCUGCUUCCCCUUUUUUCUGUUUUUUCCGCCUCAGGUGCAGCUUCGUCCCUUGUUAAGGCCUGAGAGAGGCUGCAGUUCUCCACCGUUCUGGGCCUGCAUGGUCGUCAAGAGUUGUCGCUUCCUUUUUUACGAAAGAAAGAAAAAAAUUGUCUUUGCUCAGAUGGACAUCUUGUCACACAAACUGUACCUUGCUACGAUGACAGCGAUGAGCCUCCUCAGAGUGUUUUCUCAUGAGGUGACGGUGAGAGACUCUGAACUGAAGAGGUGUGAGAAGGACAAGCGAGUGUGUGUCACUGACCUCAAACACUGUGGCUCUCCAACACCAUCUAUACAAAAGACACUGAACAUGUCCUGUUACUACCAGAUAUCACACAGAUCUAUGACAUGUGAGUGGAGUCAAGAUUCAGACAGCCACAUUGAAUCUGACGUCUCUCUCAUCUUCAGCAGCGUAAAUGAAAUCAUCUCCUGUAAGGGAAUAUUCUUCCGUGCAGCUGUCCUCAAUGUAACAGCCAGGAUCAAAAACUAUGUGAUGAAGGAGAUCUGGUCCAAACCUCACACUGUGUUUCUUUACAAUGCAAUCAAACCCUCUACACCUGUAUUAACUGUACUUGGCUCCACUGAGGACUCUGUCGUUGUGUCUUGGAGAAGCAGCAGUGACGGCAGCUGUCGGCUUCGCUACAGAAUGAACAACACUCCCAUAUGGACUCUGGCUCAUGAUUCGGUCCCGUCACAUCAGGAUCAGACAUUGAACUACACAAUGAAAGACCUCCUGACGUUUACCAUCUACCAGGCUGGCGUUGCCUGCAGAGAGGAACCCGGCUUCUUCAGCGACUGGAGUUCUGACGUCAGCGCGAGGACGCUGGACAGGGUGCCGUCCAGGCCUCCAAAGGUGUGUUAUAGAGUGGAAAAAAGAGACUCUGAUGGAUCCUUACUCCUUCAUCUCAUGUGGAAGCAUCUCGACCUCCCUGAUGCCGGUGUUCGUAUCCUUGGAUACCAGGUGAGCUACACGCCGGUGAAGAAUCAGCCGGUGCAGGACAGUUUCAUUCAAAAUUUCACCGGGUCAAUGGUGCUCCUGGUGGUGAAGGAGGGGAACCGCAGCGUCACGGUUUCAGCGUUCAACACGGCUGGCUAUGGACCUGCUGCUCAUCUCAGCAUUGACACACAAAGGCAAAGUGCUCUCCCGCCGGUCAGGAACUUGUGGGUUUCCAGUUCUUCCCUGGCUUUGAAAGGCCUUUUUGUCCAAUGGGAGAACCCCACAGUCCUGCCCUCUGACCCACCUGUCAGCCAUCUUGCCAUUCAUUGGCGUUCCAAGGAUCGUCCAUCUACUAGCCGUGGGACCACAGUGGACAGCUUCACCACCUCCACUGUCAUACAAGAUGUUGACCCUGAAGAGUCCUACCUGAUUACUGUGUUCCCCGUCUAUAACCAGCAGUGUGGAUCUCCUCAGUCGCUGCCUGCCAGUCUGCAGCAGGGAGCUCUUGUGGAGGCGGUACAACUGAAGGUAGUGACCGUGACCAAGACGACAGUAAAAGUGGAGUGGGUGUGGCAAAGGAAGGCUGAAUCAGUCACAGAGAAGAGAUAUAGAGUGAGACUGAGGAGAGACUCAGAGAGACAAACUCUGUCGCUGUGGCCGGACCAAAGGCAGCUCACCUUCAUCAACCUGAAACCUAACACUGAGUAUUCUCUUCUCCUAUUGGCUGAUAAUGAAACUAGAAGCAUCAUCCCUGUGAGAACAAACUUUGAUGAGGUGCUAGCGGUGACUACAGUAACGCCUCUGCUGCUUCUGGCUGUUACCAUAUUCAUAGUCUCAAUCCUGUGCAGGACUGUCUGCAGGUCGUAUUUCUUUCCACCCAUCUCCAGUCCUCGGGGCAGUUCAACAGGCCGGUGGCUGAUGGACCCUAAUCACCAUAAAACUGCAGAGAGAAACAUCCUACAUAUUGAAGAUUUCCAGGUGAUGGAUGUACUUGGUGAGAAUGGUCUCAUCACGAUUGGACCAAACCCUCAAUACUCCUCAGAAGAGGACCUUCAUGAAAACGAUCUGCUGUCAAUCAGCCAGCUCAGCACUAAACGGUCAGCCCUGGAAGUGGACAUAGAGUAUAUUCCUGAUGCUCCAGUAACAACAAAACACCCACUAAUUCCUCUCCAGUCCUAUGAAGCUGACUAUGGAUUGAAUUGUCAAAAAUGUGAAAGAGUUUUCAGAUCUGAGGAGAGCCGAGAGGCAGAUGCUGCUCUACCGAGUCAAAAAAAUGAUGUUGGCAUCUGCUUUCCAGAGGUAGAGCACAAGCCAGACGACUUUUCUGCGAGAAGCCAUCAGACAGAAGCCACUCUAAAAUGUCAUUUUCUGGAAUUAAUGGCAAACCGAUGCGUUGAUCAGAUAACAUGGGAGUCAGAGUACGUGGUAAAGUCUUCCUUUCUGGGGAAAACAGAUGUGUGAACAUUGUUCUAUUAUGGUCAGUGAGACUGAUUUUACAGAACACUGUUGCCUCACUUCGAAAACUGCAGAUAAAGACUGAAUAAACAACAUCAGUGCUGCAGGCUGAGUCAAAGGCACAGGAGGACUAGUAAGGGAUGAGGUUUAAAGAUAUUCACUUCCAUUACACAGCAAAUAAAAACAUUACCUUGGAAUUUGAUAAGGAAGUACAAUCCUAAUUUUACACUAGAGCAAAGUUCUGCAGGUCAGAUGCAAACACUGGACCUGUGCAAUUAGGACAAGGGUUUGAUUAGAUGGGAGGCUCUAGCAUGUAGGCUAUCUGGGCUUCUCACUUUGAGCUAGAUAACCAUUUUUAACCAAGUAGUUGAUGCAUCUAGAAUUGUCUGCCUUUUUUCUAUCAAAAUAGCUAGCACUGUCUCAAAAAGUAGCUAAAAGUCUCCAGAUGACAUCAUACUCUCACAUCUGCGUAUUGCUGAUGUCAUGUGGAUAAUUAGCAUCAAGCUAACUGUCCAUAGACUGUGAUCACUUAUUACUCUGAGCAGCAAGCAAUGGAAAUAGUUUCUAAAUAGCAGUCAAUCCUAGAUAAUAUUCAAUCAAUUUAUCUUCCUGGCUUAGACUUGGCUAAUAGGGAACCAAUCUAGAGUGAACGUCAGCCAAUUGGAAUGCUGGUUGAUUGAUCGUUGAUCCCUGGCACCUACGGUCAACGUACCAAGCUGUCCUUUGGCAAGACACUAAACCCCAAAUUUCUCCUGAAGGCAGAUGGUGUUUGAGUGAAUGUUUAUCGUUUCUCAUGAGCAAGUAGGACCUGGUCUGGUAGCAUUUACCUCUGCAUGAGUGUGGGGGUUAAUGAAUGAAUGCUGACUGUUGGUAACCCUUUAAGUGGUUGCAAAGAGUAGUUCUGAGUCUCAAUUAGGAUCCCUCCCUUAGUACACUGCAUGUCUUGCACUGUUAUGAAGUGCGUACAUUUCAACCUGUAGCGUUUUCUUGGAUUGCACCAGCUGCUGGAAGUGACAAAAGCUUGCUAGCUGGCAACGUUUGUAUGCAAUAACACAUUUUUACACUGUAGCCAAAAAAACAUCAAGUAUAGGAUUGCCGCAAUAAUGGUUGGUCUAGAUUUGUUCAAUAGUUUUAUAUCCCAGUAUCGCUGUUUUUGUCUAAUUAUAGAUUCAAAUGUUUUGCAAAAGUGUCCUUAACUUUGUGCAGUUGCAUUAUACUCAAACCAUCAUCACAUUCUGAGUCGAAGUUCAAAACUGAAAAUCGGAGAUGGCUGUUACUUUCAAGUAAAGGUUUAUUGUUGAUCAUCUUUCCCAUCUUUAACAGUUCUGUCUUCGUCUUUCUCUGCAGGUGUUGUACAGGCUACACACAUAGGAGCGGUGCGUUCAAAUGAUUUGGAUUUAACGGUGACAACAAAACACAUACAGUGGGGCAAAAAAGUAUUUAGU